CGCGCCCGGCCCGGCGGCAGCGGCUCGGCGGGGCCGGCCCCACGCAUGCUCGCUGCGGCUCAGACAUGGCGGCCCCCAGCACGGAGCUGCGGCAGAGGCAGAAGCGGGCGGCGGAAAGCGCUGGCCCCGGGGCCCCGGAGCGGGCUGCGGCGGGCAGCGAGGCCGAGCCGCCGCAGGGCACCUUCUGGCUGACCCGCAUCGUGCUGCUGCGGUGCAUAGCGCUGCUGUACUUUGUGGCCUUCCUUGUGGCUUACCAUCAAAACAAGCAGCUGAUAGGAGAGAAGGGGCUGCUGCCAUGUAAACUCUACCUGCAGAGUGUCAAAAAGUAUUGCAAAGGGAAGAUAAACCUGGAUGCUCUGAGCUAUGCACCAACAAUCAUCUGGUUUUUGGACUGGUCGGACAUGGACAGCAUCUUGGACUACCUCUCCCUGUUUGGCCUGGCAACUUCAGCUUUUGUCUUGGUGUCUGGAUGUGCAAACAUGGUCCUCAUGGCUGUCCUGUGGCUUCUCUACCUCUCAUUGGUCAAUGUUGGACAGAUCUGGUAUUCCUUUGGAUGGGAAUCACAGCUUCUGGAAACAGGGUUCCUGGGGAUAUUCCUCUGCCCGCUCUGGACCCUUUCCCGCCUGCCGCAGCACACUCCUCCUUCCAGCAUUGUCAUCUGGGGCUUUCGCUGGUUGAUCUUCAGGAUCAUGCUUGGAGCAGGGCUGAUUAAAAUCCGAGGGGAUCGUUGCUGGAGAGAGUUGACUUGCAUGGAUUACCACUAUGAGACACAGCCAGUGCCCAACCCCAUUGCCUACUUCAUGCAUCGCUCACCGUGGUGGUUUCAUCAGUUUGAGACCUUGGUCAAUCACUUCAUCGAGCUGGUGGUGCCAUUCUUCAUCUUCCUGGGACGGCGGAUGUGCAUCGUGCACGGCCUCUUGCAGAUCCUCUUCCAGGUGCUUCUGAUCAUAAGUGGAAACCUGAGUUUCCUGAACUGGCUGACCAUCAUCCCCAGCAUUGCCUGCUUCGAUGACAUCAGCCUGAGCUUCCUCUUCAGCUGCAGGCAGGGAGGGGUGAAGGAGCGCCUGGCACGGAUGCAGCUCAAAGAGGCGGCUGAGAAGCAGCUUCCCCUUGGCUGCUACAUCCGCAAAGUGGUGAACAUCUCCUUUGGCCUCCUGAUUGCUUAUCUCAGCAUCCCAGUUGUGCUGAACCUGCUCAACUCCAGACAAGUCAUGAACACCUCGUUCAACCCUCUCAGGAUAGUGAACACCUAUGGAGCUUUUGGGAGCAUCACCAAGGAAAGAACAGAAGUUGUCCUUCAGGGAACAUCCAGCUUGGAUCCCAAUGACCCUGCUGCUGUCUGGGAGGAGUAUGAGUUCAAAUGCAAGCCUGGGGACCUGAAGAGGAGACCAUGCUUCAUCACCCCGUACCACUACCGCCUGGACUGGCUGAUGUGGUUCGCUGCCUUCCAGACCUACGAGCAGAAUGAAUGGAUAAUCCAUUUGGCUGGGAAGCUGCUGGCCCAGGAUGAGGAGAUCCUGUCCUUGAUGGCAACAAACCCAUUUGCGGGCAGAGAACCCCCACGGUGGAUCCGGGGGGAGCACUUCAAGUACAAAUUCAGCCAGCCUGGAGGAAAGCAUGCCAGCGAGGGCAGGUGGUGGAUAAGGAAGAGGCUUGGCCCUUACUUUCCCCCUGUCAACCUCCCAGGCUUGAAGAAGUUUUAUGAAGACAGGAACUGGCCAUACCCAGUGGGGCACUGAUGGGGGAGGAUGAGCAAGGUCAAGAAGGACCAGCUGGGGAAGAGGGGCAGCAGUCAGCUCCCUUAAAUGCCACAUCUUGCCUCUCUGUAUUUUUGAUCCAAUUGUUUUGUUUGCACAUCCUUUACAGAAGGUUCCCAGCCAACCUGUCCACCUGCUGCCAUGGGCUGGUUUUUCUCACCUGUCUCUCUGUCCUUCUCACCACAGCCAUGCCUGGUGACUGGUUUGCUUUGUCUGGCUGCUCUCUUUGGAAACCAUCAGCUCUAAAAUGUGGGGGGAAAGGUGUACACAUGCCAUGAUAAGCUUUGAGUAGGUGGGAGUGUUGCUUUCCCUGACCCCACCGCACUGUGUGAUGGCUGCAGAGGCAGCAGGGGAGAUUUUUGGGGUGGUCUCCUGCCCCACUGAGUGCCUUCCAGGGCUCAAAAGUUCUCUGCAGUCUGGCAUCAGGCAGAGAUCCAGGUCCUCUGCAGCUGGCUCAUGUGGAGGUGGCUCAGAUGGGGCACUUCUCCUUUAUCCUAUCCCAUCUCAUCUCAUGCCAUCCUAGCCCAUUCCACCCAUCCCAUCCUCAACCAAUGCCAGCUUAGCCCAGUCCACCCAUCCUAUCCUAUCCUAUCCCAUUCAAUCCCAUCCCGUCCAUCCCAUCCCAAUGCACUGCCAGCACUGAGCCAUCAAAGCUGCUUUAUUCCCAACAUAUCUGUCCCCACACUGUCACCCUGCAUAGGCCCCAAUUGCCACCAUCUCACCACAGGUUCAGGACCAGCCUGAGCUGCAUAUCCUGCCCACUGAGCAUGGUCCAGACAUCCCACACACUGUCACCAGAGAACACCCUGGGACCUCACCCUGGUUUUCCCUGUCCCUUCUGUUUGCUUUGGAGUCUUCCCUCAUCUCACUCUGUGUUUGAAGUCACCCCAAAUGGUCCCACCACAUGGGUGUUACUUGGUGAACCCCCAAAUCAUGGUGAUGGGAGAGAAGUUUGAACAGGAAUGUGCCAGCAAGUGGCCAGGGUAGCAUCUGGUGCCUCGUUAGCACCUUCUGCCAGGCACAUUUCUCUUCACAGAGUGAAGGAAAGAUCAAAGCAAGACAGAACUCCCAGUUGUGUUAUGCUUGCCUGCAGAAAGCCACAGGUUAAUUGAGGAACCCAAAAUAGCUCCUUGCUGGGAGCUGUCAAGCAGCCCCCAGGACAAGCACAGCCCUGUGUAGCCACUCCAUCCCCUGUCACAUUGCUGCUGAUGCUCCUGGAGUCACCGAGUCUGUGCCAGCCCCACCACCUUUAAAUAGGUCUUGUUGUGAGUGCA